AUGAUCAGGGAAGAUGGUGGAGCAAGAACAUUUCUGAAAUCCAUUUUACUCUUUCUUCUUCAACCCCCUCCCCUUAAAGAAUACACGUGUCUGCAACCUGGUGCACUGGAAAAGAGGUACAGAUGUACAGACAAACGGGCAGUCGGGUACACACACAGACUGGCGCGCGCUAAUCCGGUCUCUGCAAUUGAUUUGCCAGUCGAGCCGGAGUUGCCCGCCUGA